AUGGCGAAGCGUCCUCGGUCAGAGAAUGAUCAUCAUGAUGAACGUGAAGUGGCGAGCAGCUCCGAACCACAACAGAAACAGCAUUCCUCUAUCGAUGAUUCCGCGACCCAGUUUUCAGAUAUUGAAUGUCUCAAGACGUACAGCUCAAUGACGUCAUGGCAAGACUUCAACAAUGCUCUUCCUGGUGUCCUGCAAGAAAGACUUGUUCGAGGAGCAAUGGGAGCCAACGGAGGGUCUUUGCCAUGUUUUAAAUGUCAUAAAAGUCUAACGUCAUCAUUGGGGCUCAUAAUGCAUUUGAAACGAUGUCGAAAAUCCGCGAAAGACCCAACGAACGCUUCUGAAUCAACAAAGAUACCCCAUCCGCCCCCAAAACGAGUGAGAGAUAGAACGAAGAAAAACGUUAAUCCUAUUAUCUCAGUCUCAUCACUGCAGGAAUUGAAGGACGAACCUUCCAUAUGGUUACGCCUUGACCAGAACGAAAAGUUGGAUGUGCUAAAGACAUUUUUCCCUUCAAGGGUUGUGGAAUGCUUCGCAAUUCAAACAACAUCAAGGAAGUGUCCAACCUUCAAUGACUACAAGAAGGCAGUUGCCCAUUUGGAUUCCUGCAUACAGCCCAUGUAUUUGACAUACGUGGAAAUGCCUUGGAAGUGCUACCGGUGCUCAAUGCAAACGACACGAGCAAAGUCGCAUGAACAUCUCAAGGAGUGCUGGGGUGUCGAUCGUGAGGAGGAAGCAAAAGAACUGUCUUCAUGCCUUGUAAUGGGUGCCCUAGGAGAUGUCAAUCUGAGAAGUGGAAAGUCUAUAUUGAAAGACUCAGAUGAAACCAUAGAAAUCGAUGGUGUACCAAAGCUGGUCAGUGAGCUCAGCGCUGAGGAAGCCUUGAAAUCCAUUCUUGGGCCGAAGCAGUCUGUCUUGACUCCCAAAAAACGUCGACCUUUGACGGGGGCCAGAGCAAGUGUAUCAGAAGGUGUGAUACCUGAGCAUUCAACGCGGAUUACAAUAAGCGGUGAUGGAAAAAUGCGAUUCAAAUUCCGAAAAGCAGACAUCAAAGGAGGCGUUGCUGGAAUGGCAGGAUAUCCUAGAUAUCUCGACUAUGUCAGAAAGUCAAAUGAAAAAUGGAACGAAGAAGUUUCUGCUUUACCCUACUGUGCACACUUGAGUGACAUUAAACCUUCGAUCUGGAAGCCUAUAUCGAACUCCACAUCCUUACCAUAUUCAAGCAAGGAAUCAGUUGGCAUACGUUUGUUUGAGCAACGACACGUGGACCAGCAGGAGGUCCCGGACUCGUGUCGUCGGUUGCGGGCAUUCAACACAGCCGAGUUGACAAAUGAAAGAGAUGAAUCUGUGACAAUCGCCUACUGUGGUGGACCUAUAAAUGCAAUCCGGAUAGCUCCGAAUACAAUGCCUAGCGGCGAGGAAGUCGUAGCAGUAGUCACUUACCCCUGCGAGACAACUUUGGUAGGAAAGAACAUGAGGAAGGCGGAUGGAUUCGUUCAGUUCUGGUUGCAUAGCAGUAAUGAGAAAGGCUCGAGUGCUAUCGUCCCGUGGUUCGUCUUGAAAUCUGACUACGGUCUAGUUUUUGACGUGUGCUGGUUGGAUAGGCCUCGAUUGUCUCCUGACGACACCCUUAUAGGGAUAGACACGAAUACAAUCUCAUCUUCACAAGGUGUUCCAGUAGUCAACCCAGAUCCUGGUCUCAUUUUACGACAACCAAAGAAUGUGUUCUUAGACAAACCUGAGGAUGAGAAUUCUGAACAACCGUUCUCACCACCAAUUUAUGCUCUCACGUGGAGUGCAAAAAGCAGUGCGCAAUAUAUUGUUGGCGUGAAUGCAGCUGGUGGUGCCGUAAUUUGGGAUCUUCAACGUUCUAUUGAUACUCCACAGGUCCUUCUCGAUUCUACGUGGUCAUCACCAGUGACAGCAGCAUCGUUUAUAGGCACAUAUGAAGUGGCACUGGCAUUUCGUGAGCGUCUAGUUCGUGUAUACGACGUCCGCUCCUACGAAUGUUCCCUGGAAGAGAACGCCGUACGCACAGCAGGGUCUCGUGUGACUUCGCAGCCGCGAUUAUUCUCCGGUUUCUUCGCCUUCCAGUCAGAAUACUUUGCUACUGGGGAUAUUCCGACCAACGGUGUUAGUUUCAUAUGCACCGAAACGAAAUCGGGUGGAUAUUUUGUGGUGCCUCUUGGAAACAGACAUGGACUGAUGACUUGGGAUGUCGCAGCAAGUUGUGUAAAUGCAACGGUUGCUAGUUGCGGUGUUGACGGACGACUACUGUUAUCGUCAAACGGUCGCCUUGUAACAUUCGCAAGUCCUUGUGAUUACGGGUUCUCUCUGAUGAAGUCGUCACUCACACUUACAAGGCGCGUUUUAAGACGAGUAAGUGAGCCUGAGGCUGUGAACAUAGAAACGCUGUUUUCUAAAGUGGAACCACCCGACGAUUACAAUGACCAUACCAACGAGAAAGAAGCUCCAGUUCGACGAGCGUGCUUGUGUUAUACGACUCAUGACGAAACCCUGGAACAUUUAUGGCUGGACAUAUCCUUGAAUUCAGAUGUACAAACGUAUCGGAAUCGACUGGAAUACUCAGCUUUGGACCUCCGCAUUGAGUCGUUAAACUGCGUGGCGACGAAUCAUGCUGCAAGACCAUUUGUUUUCACCGGUGGGCAGGCAGGCUUGAUGUUCAUCCGGCCGUGCGUCAUUGAAACGGAAUUAUCAGUUCUCAGUGAUUUGUUCCAUAACGCUUCAGGCGAAGCGUCGUCAAAACGGCAGAAACUAGCAGCCAAAGCUUCUGCCGAAUAA